UGUCGUCUGAACCAGUAGCUUUCUGACGCUGCUUUGAUACACAUGUAGCGAUCAGCCGGUUUCGAUGGCCGGUGGUCAGAUAGCUCAGAUGGUAGGGCUUCGGCGGGCCCGGGUUCGAAUCUCGGUCUGGUCCGUUGCAUUUCCUCCCUUAGAAUUGCUGUUAUAUUUGGUACCGUUGACCAGCCCCUGCGUGGAACUGACGCCUACUCGGGGAUAAAAAUCUUGCAUGGGUUGUGUCUUCGAGGACGAAGACAGUUUAGGAGGGAAGAGUGUAGCGGUCAGUCAGGUGACCAGUUAGCUCAGUUGGUAGAGCACCUGACUAAAGAUGCAGGGGGCGGGGGUUCGAAUCCUGGUCUGGUCCGUUGCAUUUUCUCCCUCCCUCUGUUACAUUAGGUGCCGUAGACCACCCCUGAAUUUGCAGGUGAAAGUCUUGACAGGGGGCAAAAGAAUCUGGGUUGUGUCUUCGAGGACGAAGACAAUUUAAGGAGGGAGGAGUGUAUAGUGUGUAUAGCGGUCAGUCAGGUUUGAUCGCCGUUGGCCAGUUAGUUCGGUUCGUAUAGAGCACCUGACUAGAGAUUCAGGGGCGGGAGUUCGAAUUCCGGUCUGGUCCGUAGCAUUUUCUCCCUUCUUGUAACGUACACUUCUGAAUGAGCGCUGUCUGAAUGCCAAAUGUUAAAUUCGUGUUUCCCCCUGACUUCUCGGGAUAGGCGGUUUUCUUUUGGUUUAGUGGAGAGCCACAAGAGUGAGUGAUUCUAAUUUUCUCGUUUAAUGCAGUUCGGACAUCUCCAUACUUAGAUCUCUAUUGUCUACUUCUCAAAUAGCAAGUAGAGGCUGGAGACAUACUGACAGUGUCCUGGACCAGUUCUGGAGGUGGGGAACCUAUUACUCAUGCCAAGAAAUCCCUUCUAACAUCAAAGGUGUAGGGAAACCGAUAUAAAUGAGUUACUGCAAUUAAGAUAUAAGCGAUAGCUACUAUGAGUAUGAAUUAGUCUGUAAUGGGAUUCUUUUGAAGGCAAGAAUUUACACAUUAUUCAGAUAGGGGGGAUUUCUUGACUGGCAUGCACCAAAUUCAGUCUUAAGAUUAAAUAUAUAGAAAUAAUACAAAGCUUACCGGUGUAUGUUUCAACCAAUAACGUCGAAUAAACAACAUGACGUCAAUGACAUCACAAAGACAAAAACAUGUGCAGCGUUGCACAAAAUGAAAACUUACGUGUGAUGAUGUGUUGAACAAAACGCGAAGGGUCGAGCGAAAAAAGAUCGGGCUCGAGAUACAAAAUUUAAUGAGGAUCGUUAUGGACGCGAUGAAACACGCAAUUUUCACAAAACCCCAAAUUUGAAUUAUUUCACGGUAAGAAGAAAGAAGAAAAUUACAUUUAUAGAUAUUGCCAGACUAUCAUCAAAGUGAGACAUUGUGGGAUUGUUGAAACUUGCAUCAGGAACAACAUCGAUUGCAACUCACCCAGUCACCUAAACAUUCAUUCUCAACUGAUAACACAUUUAUUACAACGAUGUCUUUUCCGGAAGGUGUAGACAGAGAUUCUAUGAUGAAGCAGGCUCAGAACAUAUGGACAAUGUUAGAUGAAAUGGCAGAAAAUGACCAUGGGGCUUACAGAAAAUUUAUUGAUAAACAUAUGAAAGAGGGUAAAGAAUACAUGAAACCAGCAGAACCUCAUAUGUGUGUAAUGACGAUGAUCACAAGUACGAAAAGAAAGUACUUCAUUAACUUUUGUUCCUGGAACAAAGUCCCAGAUCCAAAGACUCCAGAGGAAGCGAUUCCUGUUAUUGGAACGCAAGUCUUACAAGACAAGGAUGAAAAUGGAGACUUUUCAUAUUCUGGAGUUGCAUUUAGUCCCAAAAUUUUGGAGGAAUUCGGAAUUGAUUGUAUCAAUUUAUCAGAUCGCAGUUCUCUAAUCAACUUAGCCAUCGACUACAUACAUAAUCAACACAAGAUCACCUUAUCAAGGAGUUUCUCAAUUCUACCAUCCACAACCCGAGUUAAGGGCAACCUCCAAGUUUUACAAAAGGCACUCCAGGGGAAGCACCAAAAUUCAGAUGAGGAAUUUGAUGGACAGCUUUCAGAUCUGGAGAAAACAUUUGGUUUACAGGGAUCUGGUGCAAAGGACUCGUUAAUGAACAAGUUAGCAAACUUAUCAACAGAGGACAAUACACAAGAAAAGCAUGCUCCAAAUAUUCAAAUACCAGGACUUGGCAAAGAACAACCAAAGAAACAGAAUCUAAUCGAGGAAGUGAGUUCAACCAAUCAGAGACAAAGCUCAGAGGUUAAAACUCCUACAUACAGUUUGGAAGAAAAAUAUAAAGAAGAGAAUUUGGAAGAGCUGAUUCUUACCAUUAAACUACAAGGUGUGAACAAAGUAUCAGAAUGUGAACUCGAUAUUUCAGAGGACGACAUCGAGUUGGCAGUAGACAAUCGUUAUCAUCUGAACGUUUCUUUUCCCUAUCUCAUUGAUGAUUCCAAUGCCUCAGCGAAAUUUAACAAAAGUAAUUCAUCACUUGUCAUAAGUCUUCCCGUGCAGACAUAAGAUUCAUGACGUGUAAAAUGCAAUGAAAAAUACAUAAAAAAAAAUGUCAUCCAAA